AAUAGGCCUAGUCUAGUCCUAGCAUUACCUUUCCUGAAACAUUUCGCAUUUAGCGCUGAUUGAGAUAUGCAGGGUUGGCGCAUCCGUAUCCCAUCUAGAUCUAGAAAUUAUUAUUUUUAAUUUUAUUGCUGAUAAUUUAUUAGGAUAGAAAUAGAGCGAAUAUUGUCCCAAAUAUCAAACUCAAAUGGACGGAGAUAGAAACCAAAAUUUCCCUGGGGAAAAUUCCAAAGAACAAGACACAUUUCUGUUUACAUCUGAAUCUGUCGGCGAGGGUCAUCCAGAUAAAAUUUGUGACCAAGUCAGUGAUGCUAUAGUCGAUGCAGUGCUGACAGAUGACAAGUAUGCCAGAGUGUCAUGUCAGUGUGCAGCAAAAACUGGCAUGAUUUUUGUCUGCGGUGACAUUGUCACAAAGAAGCCGCAUAUUGAUUUUCAGAAGUUGGUUAGGGCUACCAUUAAGGACAUAGGCUAUGAUGCUAGUGCUAAAGGUUUUGACUACAAGACUUGCAAUGUGUUGAUAGCUAUUGAAGAACCUGAUGCUAAAGAGUUCUCUAGCCACUCCUAUUAUGCAGAGGAUAGUGAUAGUAUUCAAAACCAUAACAGUCCAGCUGGUGACCAGGGGCUGAUGUUUGGUUAUGCAACUGAUGAGACAGAAGAGUGCAUGCCCCUUACCAUUCUCUUAUCACACAAGCUUAAUGCUAAGAUGGCAGAGCUGCGUAAAAAUGGUGAAUUGGAAUGGGCUCGGCCAGACUCCAAGACACAGGUGACUGUGGAGUACAAGAUUGAGAGAGGAGCCACCAUACCAACCAGGGUUCACACAGUUGUCAUAUCUGUUCAGCAUGAUGAACAUGUCACCAUGGACCAGUUGAGGAGGGACCUCAUGGAGAAGGUCAUCAAGCCAGUUAUACCUGAGAAAUACCUGGACAGCAACACCAUCUAUCACCUGCAGCCCUCUGGCAGGUUCAUCAUUGGUGGUCCACAGGGUGACGCAGGGCUAACAGGAAGAAAAAUUAUUGUGGACACGUAUGGUGGCUGGGGAGCUCAUGGUGGAGGGUCAUUGUCAGGGAAAGAUGGUGCCAAGAUUGACCGCUGCGGGUCGUACGCGGCCAGAUGGGUGGCUAAGUCACUUGUGAAGGCCAAGCUGUGUAGACGUGUUCUGGUUCAGAUCUCCUACGCCAUAAAUGUGACAGAGCCCCUGUCUAUAACUGUCUUCAGCUUUGGAACCUCCAAGAAAAGUGAACAGCAGCUGUUACAAAUCAUAAAGGACAACUUUGAUCUCAGACCAGGAAAAAUUGUUGAUGAUCUAGGCCUAAGGAAUCCAAUCUUUCAGAAAACUGCUUGCUAUGGUCACUUUGGACGUGAGGAGUUUCCCUGGGAGAAGCCAAAAAGUCUGAAAAUCAAUUAAUCUGAUGCUCAAACUUUCUCAACAUUUUAAGCAGAGGUCCUUUGACAUUUUGUCUGUUUUUUUUACAAUUUCAGCAAUGAAAUUUGUCUUCACUAUAGAUUGUAGAAUGUUUAAAUCCUUAUAAAUUAUGAAUAUAAAGGGGCACACCCUGAGGGAGAGAUCUGGUAGAUCUUUUUAUUAUUUAUGUACUAAUGUUUUGUUUGUAUUGAACUUACAGACUUUUAAAAAUUUAUUUAUUGAUUGAUAUAUAUUAGAUUUAGUAUCUAUAUUUGCUGACUUUUAUUGACUGUUCAAUAAGAGAAAAAAAAACCUAUUUGAAGUGUGCCAUUGUAUGUUUUUAGAAAAGGUAAGUCUAAAAGAUUACUGGGGGAACCUAUAUCUAUCUUGUUUAUCCCUCUUUGUUCAGUAUCAAAGGCUAUGUCUUAUGGAAGUUUUUUUAAAUUAAUUUUUUUUCCCGUAAAUUUAGAUUAUCUUUUAAAAAAACAGCAAAUUUCUUACUAUUGAUGUUAAAUACUUGAGCACUGCAUUUUAAAAUAUUUGUUUCACUUAAUACAUACAUUUACAAUUAAGAAAGUUAUUAAAAUAUAUUUUUAAAAAUUUGAUUUUUCAUAAAAACUUUGUUUUUGCUAAAUUUAAGAUUUUAAUAAAUACAGUUGUUAAAAGAUUUCAGUUUAGACUAGCCUAAAUUAUUCAGUUAUACAGUUUUUUGUUUGCUUAUCUAUAUAAAUUUGAUUGAUCAAACAAAAAAAAUGAUAUUAGUAUUGCAUAUCUGUAUUAUUAAUAAGAUUUUCUAAAAUUCCUUUUUUUGUUACUGCCAUUUUUGUACACUGCUAGUAGUGCAUUUGCGUUGACCAAUGCGAUGUUGUAGGCCUAUUGCCUCACUAGAAGUUACACAAAAUCUCAGCUUCCAUGCAUGUGUGUGUAUUUAUAUAUUUAAAAAAAAUCAUUUGUGCCAUAUUAAAAGCCUUUAGGAAUUUUUGAAAAAUUUUGAUUCCAUUUUUUUUUUACUGCCAAAUAAUUUCUAUUUUGUUUGUUCAGUUUUUAGCUUGAAUUAAUCAAUUGCCAAAUGUAGGAGUUUAACUUAUCACUGUGUUAUUUUUUGUGUGUUCUUUAAUAACACAAAGUCACUUGCUUAAGAGAAAGUUUCCAUCUGAUGAAAUUGAAUGUGCUUGUUGAAGAAGAGGUUUGGUAAAAUGUAAAUCAAAAUAAAUAUUAAAGAUGAACACUUGCUAACUUAAAGUCCAAAACAUGGACAUUUAUUAUUUUGAUCCAGUCAACUACUGUUGUACAGCCUGAAGAUAAUUACUAUCUUGAUAUUAAGCCUUCACCCUCUGUCUUCUCAAAUCAAAUGUUGUGUUGAUAUUAUCAAAAGCCAUUUAAACUUUAGAUCUGAACACAGGGUACGAACAAAGUUUUAAUUAUGAUUAAAAUGUUUUCUUGUACUUUCAAUUAAAAAAAAAUUGAAUUUUGAACUUCAUAUCACUGACUGUUUUUUAAAAACAAAAAUUUAUUUAGUUGAUAAUGAGAUUUUUGCAUAAUCAGUAAAAAAAAAAUAUGUAUAUUAUUUAAUAUUGGAAAAAAAGACACAGUUAAGCUUUGAAUAUCUUUGUUACAGGUGUUAGAUAUUGUCAUUCCAUGUGGGGUUAUCUAAAUAAAAUUUAUUUUUUAAAAUUA